ACUCAGUCCACCGCGUUCAUUUCAUUCCUGCUCCCAUUCCGCGCAUAUUUCGCAUCCUUGGAGAGACGCUGCGCAUUUUACGCACUCAGCGCGCAGCGAGCCUCCGCCAGAACCGACGCCGAGCGCAGAGCGGAGUUGUCGGCGGGUUUCCCGGUGCAUUGAGCGGCUCGGAUCCGUGGGAAAGUGUGGGAAUUAAUCCAGAAAAGAGGCGCACGAAUCGAGGGUUCCUGCCGCCGGCCGUCGGACAUCGCACCAACUCGUGGAGUUUUCUACAGUCGGAUAUCGGCCACUUUGGGAUCACGCAGUUAGCGUUAGCAUUCUGCGUCUAGUAGCUCACAGCUGGCUGUUCCUGCUGGGGGUCAACGAUUGCCAUUAGUGUUGCUGUUAGUUUGACUUAACAUUACCUACUUAGCAUCAAACCAUUAGCAUUACUGCUGAGUACACGAGUUGGCUAGUUAACGUUAGCUGGCAUCAUGGAGCGCAGUAGCUGGAGCGGCAGCGAGAGUCCCGGGGAGGACAUGGACAGACUGAGUGACUCAGGAGGGGACAAGACCAUGGACGGGGACCCGGAGGGGGUCUGGAGCCCCGACAUCGAGCAGAGCUUUCAGGAGGCCCUGGCCAUCUACCCGCCCUGCGGAAGGAGGAAGAUUAUACUGUCGGACGAGGGAAAGAUGUACGGCCGAAACGAGCUGAUAGCCAGAUACAUCAAACUGCGAACAGGCAAGACGCGGACGAGGAAACAGGUAUCCAGUCACAUCCAGGUCUUAGCGAGAAGAAAAUCCAGGGAGUUUCAGUCCAAACUAAAGGACCAGGGCGCCAAGGACAAAGCUCUGCAGAGCAUCUCCUCCAUGUCCUCGGCCCAGAUCGUCUCCGCCACCGCCAUCCACAGCAAACUGCUGCCUGGAAUAGUACGAGCCAGCUUCCCCGGCAACGCACAGCUGUGGCAGGGGAUGAUUCCUGGGGGACAGUCCAGCUCCGCCACAGAAGACAUCAAGCCGUUCUCUCAGCAGGCCUACAACGUGCAGACAGCAGGGACCACCACCAUCACAGCCUACGAGCCCCCCGCUACAGCCCAAACACACAGAGAGCCGGCGUGGCAGGGUCGCUCCAUCGGCACCACCAAACUACGACUGGUGGAGUUUUCAUCUUUCCUGGAGACACAGAGGGACCAAGAGGCCUACAACAAGCACCUGUUUGUCCAGAUCAGCCAGAGCAGCCCGACCUACAGCGACCCGCUGCUGGAGUGCGUGGACAUCAGGCAGAUCUACGACAAGUUCCCCGAGAAGAAGGGCGGCCUGAAGGAGCUGUUCAGCAAGGGGCCGCAGAACUCGUUCUACCUGAUCAAGUUCUGGGCGGACCUGAAUUACAGCGUGCAGGACGACCCUGCGGCGUUCUACGGCGUCAGCAGCCAGUACGAGAGCUCGGAGAACAUGACCAUCACCUGCUCCACCAAGGUCUGCUCCUUCGGCAAGCAGGUGGUGGAGAAGGUGGAGACGGAGUACGCCAGGUUUGAGAACGGACGCUUCGUCUACAGAAUCAGUCGCUCGCCCAUGUGUGAAUACAUGAUCAACUUCAUCCACAAGCUCAAGCACCUGCCGGAGAAAUACAUGAUGAACAGUGUGUUGGAGAACUUCACUAUUCUGCUGGUGGUGAGCAACAGAGACACUCAGGAGACCUUGCUGUGUAUGGCGUGUGUGUUCGAGGUGUCCAACAAUGAACACGGAGCACAGCACCACAUCUAUCGACUCGUCAAGGAAUAACACACUUACAGACACAGAGGAGACACACAGACACACACACACACACACACACAGACACACACAUACGGCCUUUGUUUGGGCGGUUAACGGCGUCUCUCAGCCUUCGACUUCAAAUGGCUGCACGCUCACUGAGGCUUCUGGGAGAAUCCGGACAAAGGGAUGGUUUUCUUAAUUAUCAUCUUUGCUGCAGAAUCGUCCCCCAACAGGAGCAUCUUCACACAAGAUAUUAACUCGGACCGGGAUAUUAGACGCUCGUUAGCUGAGUGGAAACAAAGCAUGGUGACAGUGCAGCCAUGGAAACGCAUUCAAAUCGACCUGGGGUUUUUUUUUUAUAAUUUUUUUUUUCAAGAACAUCCUGACUCAGAUUUCACCAGGAGAUGUCACGUCUCCUGCUAAUUGGUUCCCGACCACACUCUCUCUCGCUCUCUCUCCCCCCCCCUCGCUCUCUCUCUCUCUCUCACUCAGCAGAUUUGUGUUUCUGUCCUGUGAGAGAGAGAGGGGGGGGGAAAGGAAAAACUCUAAUUUCCCGCCCUCCUGUGGAAUAAGUGUGUGUUAUCAGCCCGAGUCUCGACGCCCACUGAAGGUCAGACCCUGUGAAUCACCGAUACGAACACGUGGUCACGGUUCAGAGGCUGAAACCACCGCGAGUCGUGUGAAGCUGCGUUCUUGCACAAAACUGAAAAAAAAAAAAGAGUUUUUUUUCUCCCAAAGAAAAGAAAAUCUAAUUUCUACCUUUUGUAUGUUUUUCUUUAAAAACAAAAAACAAAAACAAGAAGAACUUCUAACCUUUGGGUAGAGUGUGUAUCGAUAGUAGCAUAGAGACUAUAUUUUAAAUCCAGGAUCACUAUCUAAAAAAAUUUAUGUCAAUAAGAAGUGAAAUAUAAGUGAAAAUUGAAAAAAAAAUCAGGUAUUUGUGCAACAGGCGACGAGAGAUGAAUAAAAUAAGUAAAUGAAUAAAUGAGUCAAGACCCUGUUGGAGUUAUAAUCCUCAAGAUUUCCGUCCCGGUCGAUUUAGCGGAUGGCGACGAAUGCAUCGUGUUUCCUGUGACCUUCUCUUUCCUCAAGUAGGAAAACGUGUGUUAGCGUCAGCACUCACUUAGUACAUCUCUACAGUUAUAUAUAAAUUAUUACGUUAACAUUGGAUCACAUACGCUAUCUGAGCCAAAGACGUUUUUUUGAGGAUUAUAACUUUGAGUAAAAAUGUGUUCGGUCCAUUUGAAAAAAACACUGUGACUCUAACGUCCUUCCUGGUGUUGGAGGAAACGUUCGGUUAAAAUAAACCUCUGAUCCUCAAAUUUAACUUCGUUCAGAAUUCUUCUACCAGCGAAACUCGAGCUUUAACACAACACGGGCUGUAACUGAAGAUGGACAACGCGUCUCUACUUCCUCCUGUUGUGCUAACAAGAAGCUGAAGCGGCUCAAACCCGGGACGUGAACGCUGCCGUCUUCUGUCUGUGACGUCACGUGGAGCCGGCGUCUGAUUGUGGAGUGGCAGCGAGGGGAUGAGCGCCCUCGACCAAUCACGAGUCAGUCUCAUGAACAUGGAAUCUGUCUGAUAAGAACCAAUGAAAAUGACAGAAAACAUCUUUUGAGAAACAUUUAUUUGACAUGAACUUUGACCUUUGGAAUUUGGUCCAUGCCCCAUCUGCUAACCUGGAGGAUGUAGCCAGCCACCAGGGGGCGAUGGAAACAAACCAGCAACGCUUUGGCUUCACUUGCUGGGAGUCGUCUUGUCGUCCAUCUUUGUAUCCAGUGUGUGAUUUCGUCCACGUCCCGUCUGCUAACAUCGAGGAGGCAGGUUUUUUUUUGACCUGUACUCCAGGCAGCCACCAGGGGGUGAUCAAGUCAUGUCGUCCAUCUUUAUGUACAGUCACACUGACGCAGGUGUUGGAGACUGAAAUGUUGUUACGUCCAUAUUUAAAUCGAAGGUUGUCCUGUUUUCCACGUCGGGACUCGUCCAGUGUUCGAUUCCCGCUCUGGAGGACUUUAUUGUUUUUAAGGACACGGUUCCCUUUAAUCAGCGGAGGACUGGUUUCCUCCUUGUCCACGACGCCACGUCAGCAUAAAAGUAAUUUAUGAAACACAAACCAAAAACCCUGUAGGUGGAAGCGUAGCAGGUGUCAGUGCCUUCGGUUGGAAACACGUUUCUUACUCCUGAUGAUUUGUUGUUGUAGACGUCGGGUAGAAGAAGAUUUCAGUGAAUAUACAGAAUCACGUAGUUUUGGGAAAUCACAUGCUGUCGCCGUCCGAAACCAUCUGAACGUCACUGAGACACGUUCCUGUUCACGACAUUUAAGCUGUUGACGUUUUCCUACGUGAUUCAUGUUGAAAAAGUUCGUACGUGACGGAGCCUCAUUCAUUAAAUGCAACUGUUCCAUAGAUAAAUCAUCUGCUCGAAGGAAAACGUAACUUAUUUAAACUCAAAGGAAUAACUUUCCAACAUCUCAUUUGUAAACUGAAGAUAAAAAGAAAUGUAUGUUUGCGUCUUAACGAAUGAGGCCCAGAUGUUUCCAUGUGUUAUGGUGAUGAAUGAACAGUGAAGAGACAGAUGUUGUGAUUCUUUCUGUGUCCAAACAUCCAGGAACACGUUGUUGAACCAUUUGAAACGAGCCAUGUUCAGUCCGAGCGACCAGCUGUCGAACACUUGGUCUUCACGAGUGAAGACUCACAUCUGACUCCGAGGACUUUCUACCUUUGUGCCUAAAACUAUUCCGACCUGCCAUCGUCCCAACUCGCUUUAGUUUCACUCUAUUUGUCUGAAGACCCGUGUGAGCGUCUCUCUGUGUUUCAGCAAAACAUCCGAAAAAAAACCUUUUUUUCAAUUUCCUCCGGCCUUCAGCUUUCCCAGAGUCUCGUCUCACGCCCGCAGCGGUUUCCUGUUUGUCGCACGUAGCACGUACGUGGGAAUCUAACGCGCGGCCUCGGAGCGGCUGCGUCUGCAAUAACGAGCCUCUGUUUGGAUAUCAUUUACCACCUGCUUACCAAAGACAAGUCGAUUUAUUACAAGUCAGAGUAACUUACAAGCUUCUGCCAAAAAAAAAAGAGAAACGUCUACGAAACCGGACGAGAAGCAGCCGCAGCUCCUGAGCUGUGAAACUGUAAAGAAGUAAAACAAACUAAAUUAAAACAACUAAACUACAAUGAAUGGAAUUAGGUUAAUUUCUUCAUUGAAGGAGACAUAUGAGGCUUUUUCAGUUUGUCCUCGGGGCCUUAAAGAGACAGGAGCUCAAACCAGGUGUUUGAGACAGAGGCUGAAAAGAGGAGCAGCAGCGAUGGACAGUCUGAGGAGAUGAAAACCUUUUACAGUCGUAACACAAAUGAAAAAAUAAGACGCUGAAUAUGUCUCCUUUAAUGAACAUGGACACGUUGUAAUGGUCAGAGUGAAGGAACCCUGCGAGAAGGCCACUGGAAACUGUGAUAAGCUCAACUUUAGGACUUUUCUGUUAAACGUCAACUAGAGAAUCUGCUGAAACAAAAGUCCCACAGGAAGCAGCGUCAACGUUUCGCCUGGAAGUCGCUCAGAAGGUUUCAAACCCGCCGAGUUUCUGAAUCAUCGUCGUCCGUGUUUGUCAACGUUUUCUCGUACGUGCAAGUUGGAUAUUUAUCUUCUUUUUCCGAACCUCGCGUGGCACAGGAAUUCUGUCUGUAAUCAAUUCCAAAAAUGGCCUUGAAUCUUUCCACUCCGGUGCACGUGCAACACGUGUGUGUGUGUGUGUGUGCGUGUGCGUGUGCGUGCGUGUGUGUGCACUGAGGGUUUUUGAUAAGGUGCUUUGUAUAAAGGUGACAAUAACGUUUAUUACAGAUGUUGUGUAUAUCUUUGAUAUUCUAAUGUUUAUCCUAUUUUGCGAAGAACAGAGAACAUUUAGGAGAAAUCCAGAAGCUAGUGAUGUGUGUCCGUUGGUUCCGCACAGGGUCUGAUCUUUGCUUUGUAACGUUUCUUUUCUCCCCUCAUGGCUAAAAGUAUGUUAGAUAUUUUCUAGCUUUGUAGAGACUUUGUACGCAUAUGCUAUUCAGUUUAAAUAAAUGGUCAGUUCCAAACUGUG